AUGCCGUCCUCCUCUCCGCCCCUGACCGGGGUUGAUGGUGUUUUCUUCUGUCGCGUGACGGCGCCGCGGCUGCUUCCGCUCUUCCUGGGCGUGUUCGGCGGCGCCUUCGUGUCGCUGGGCGUGGCCCUGUCAGGUGUGCGCACCGCAGCGGUGGUGCGCUGGAUGCUACAUCUACCUGGCGAUUUAUUAUUAAACGCCUUUGUGUGUCUUGCGCUACCCGCGACGGCACUGCAUGCGGUGCUCACGGGGGUGCAAGUGGCACGCGAACAGCUCAAGUCGCCGCAGGCUCGGUGGGUGCAAAUCGCGGGAGCGACACUUGCAGCCUUCGCGUUAGCCACGCUGCUCGCCAGUCUGCUGGGUGCGCUUCUGGUUGUGGCCUUACAGAGCAUCGUGCCCAGUAGCGCCCUACUCACGCAGAUCUGGGGACUACCUGAAGGCGCGACGGUAGGUUUCGUGUGUCCCGAUGCAAUUUCGAACGGAUCGAUGGCACUGCAGAGCGACGGCACGCUAAUGUGCACGGAGAACGCCACGACGUUCGUGAUCGACGACGUGGCACAAACUUUCGUGAUGAAUUCAGUGACCGAGGUCCGGAGUGUAGCGGAACAGGUCGUGAAGGUGGCGGAGAGCGUCUUUCCAGUGAGUCUAGGAGCCGUGUGCGUCGACGGAGAUGUUCUGAGUCUCGUAGUAGGAGGACUCGCGUUAGGAGCAGCAUUGGCAGGCUUCGCCUUGGCAGAAGCGACUCAAGGUGAAGACGAAGAUAGUCACGAGCAAGACCAAGUGCAGAAGGAGUUUGUGUUGCUGCAACUGGUCGCUCAGGCCGAAGCCUUGAUAUGUUCCGUGCUGGCGUGGCUGCAAAAGUAUCUUCCUAUGACUGUGGCCUUCAUGAUCAGCAGUGUAUUGUUGCAAGCACGGCCCAGCUCUUCCUCUUCCGACCACAAUGAUGACAACACUGCUGUCGCUGUCGUCUUGGCGCUCAUAGCUGUCCUCCUCCUCACGCUGGUUCUGGAUGUGGUAAUUAUGAUCUCCCUGGCUGCAGUUUUCACCCGAUCCAACCCGUUCGCGUUCUUGGAGCAUCUCGUACCAGCGCAGCUACUGGCGAUUAGUUCCGGGUCAUCCGUGGUUGCGCUGCCAGCCACCGUCUCCUGCAUUGCAUCAAGCAAGCGAGUUUCUUCCAAGCUGGCCUUCAUCGUGUGCUCAACUGGCACAGUGCUCAACCAGACAGGCGCGGCGCUCUAUCUCUCCGUCAGCUCCCUGUUUGUGCUCACAGCUUCACGUUUAAACAGCGAUGAACUGGCAGUAACGCAGUCUGCGAGCACAGUUACCGCCAUGGUGUUUGCGAACGCCUUAAUCGCCAGCGUAGUGUCACCACUUCCUGCAGGAGCCAAAACUGCGGCGCUCGCAACGACUCUAGGUGCUGUGUUUGGCAUUUCUACUGGACCGCGUGCUGCAUUACUCGCCUUUUUGGCUGCACUCGAGGGGAUCACGGGGCCGUUCGUCGCUUGCGUGAAUGUCACGAACAGCGCGUUGGUUGCGUUAGUGAUUGCUCACUAUUUCGAGUCUCAACCAGUAGCGGUAGCGGACACAGCGGCGCAGGGAACCCCAGUGCGAGAUUUACGCCAGCAACGAGUUAUGGGGAUGAUCCACAGCGAGAACUGGGUAUAG